AGAACUAGUUUAAAACAACAAACUUAACUAUAACAGCUAUCAAGUCAAUUUUCUUACAGCUGGUAAUUAGCGCAGCAACGUUGUCGCAUGAAGCUACUUUUUUCUGUUGGCAUUUCGGGUUUUAUUUUAACUGAUGUUAUAUAAUAGCGAUAGGCGUUGCGCGUUGUAACUAGCACCGCGCUGUGGACCUAGAAGGCGUCAUUCCGCGGCUUAUAGACUCCCAGACACUGUAUCGCUUUACAGAAAAUGAACAAUUUCAUAACAUGUUAAUAAUAUUUUCAAUCUACAUCAUCAAACAUAUACGAAUAAGAAUGCAUUACACACUGGAGCUCGUGUGUCCCGAGUACUACAGACAAGCACACACACACAGAGCAAGCGCGACCAGUGAAAGUGAAACUAACCCAGUAUACUUGCAUUCUCGGUUGCUUUGCUGUCAGCAGGGAAAAGCAGACUGGAUCUCCAGCAGAACAGUGCUGUCUGCCUCUCAUCACAGCCCCUUGCAAACCCAGUCACAGGAGCGAACGCACAAUGCCAGGGAUCUUAACUAUUUACAAACUAACCGCUAUUGCGCUGAUAUGCAGCACAUAUAGGGCCCACCCUGUUCUCAGCGUGUGCCCCAUGCUCGACUGCUGGUAUGUGGAGGAAAAGCCGGGCAGUUUCGCCUCCGCCGUGAAACAGGAGAAAUCCCUCCUGUACAUCAGAACCACCGCUGACCAGACUGGGCCGGAGCAGAACCACCCCUCUGACAUCGACCCCAAGAGGGUCUACUACGUCUCAGAUCCAGCGGGGCCUCUGUGCAGUUCCUCUCUGGUGUCGGUAGAGGGUGCUAUGGAGAAGCCGCAGUGUGAGAUUAACCCCUUCACUCCUCAGCCUGCCCAGGUGGUCUGGAGCCUCUCUCUGACCAGUGGUGGGGUCAGCCCAGUCCGCCUGGGAGCUGAUUGGCUUUCCUCCUCCAUCACCGCCCACAAUGUGGACAUAGUUGUGUCCAGCAUCUUGAGGGUUCCCACGGCAACCAGGCAGGCCACAGCGGUUCUCAGCGUGUUCUCUCACACCCCGGUCCUGCGCUCUCGUCUCGGGCAGUCGGCUCGUCUGGACUGUGGGUUCUCGGUGCUGCCGGGUUGGCAGGAUCCUGGUUCUGAGUUUGCGGUGGAGUGGCGGUACCAGUACCGUGGGGAGGGCAGGCUGGUCUAUGCGUACAACGGACAGACAGACAGACUGGAGGAGCGCAGCGCCCAGCAGAAAGAGGCGGACAUGGACAUAGAGGCACUGCACCAGACACGAAAUGCAUCAUUGGUGCUGCACAGUGUAAGCGUGCACCACAGGGGCACAUACAUCUGCACUGUGUACCUGCCCUACAUCUUGGCACAGGUAGCAAUGGAGUUGGAGGUCAUAGAGCCCCCACGCCUAUCCCUCUUCCCCUCCCCUCUCUGGUCCCACCCCGGCCACCUGGUUGAGCUCUCCUGUGAGAUCUCUGGGUUCUACCCCCUGGAUGUGGGGGUGCAGUGGCUGUGGAGGCCUGCAGGGGGCGCCAGGGUGCGCUACCUCCCGGAGGCUCAGCUGUCCGGACACACCCAGAACCCCGACGGGACGUACAGCCAAACCAGCUUCCUGAGAGUCACCCCGGAGUCAGGGGACCACCAUGGCCAGUACUCCUGCAUAGUGACUCAUCUGGGGGCCAGCUACAGGAAGACAGCCACCCUGCACAUUGCAGGUGCAUCAGGCCCCUCUAUUGAGGAUGCGAUCAGUUUGUUUGUUGUGGCUUUUCUUCUGUACGGGCUGCUGAAGCUGGGGAGCUGGCUGUUCUGUGCUAAAGUUUUUCCUGCAGUUGAAACAGACAAGCAGAAGGCAGAGUGAGUUGGUGUCUUCCCCUGUGCAGCAGAGUGCCCUGGUGGUUGAAGUUGUUCCAUUUCUGAAGUUUUGGGUCGAAGAAGAAUUUUUUUCUUUUUCUUUAGAAAGCCUGCUAUUUGGUUUAGUGCUGAUAAUAGGCAAUUCAGCUUUGCACUGUGUGUGUGCCCAUGUGAUUGUGUGUGUGUGUGUGCGUGAGAUUGUGUGCAUGUUAGAUGUAAGUUUUACGAUAGAAGAAAUGCAUGCCUAGAAUAAUUUAAUCUGUACACAUGAUAUUGUUUGUUAAGAUGUUAAUUCUACUGGUAUUGUAUAAAGAAAUAUAUAUAUAUAUAUAUAUAUAUAUAUAUAUAUAUAUAUAUAUAUAUAUAUAUAUAUUUAAUAUUGUUGAACUCUCUCAGCAAAUCAGGACAUCUGGGUUUAAAAGGCAGCAAACCAACAUACUGUUCAUUAUUUAUUGAGAGUCUUCUCAUUAAUACCAGACAUCUGUGCACUUGAGCACAAGCUAACAGUGAAUCUCUCCAGUUGACUCUUGUGGUAAAGACACACAGACCUACCAUUUGGAACUCACACACGCACACACAGACACACGCAGGUGCACACAGACACACACAUAGCCACACAGACACAGCACUAUUUUAGAUCUGCUUUACAAAUAGUAACAGUUUAAACACUGGUGCAGAAAGGUGUCUUUACAUUUAGAACUGUGGGCUUGUUUUUUUGCCACUGUGUUUUAAAAAUCUGUUUGAGAAAUUUAAAAAAAAUGUAAACAUUGUUAAGCUUUACUUGCUGCUAAAACAUAUUUUAUAAAAGAUGGUGUUGUGUUUGAUUUUUACUAUAAAACACAGCGUAACUAUAGACUAGAACAUGGUGUUUGGGAUUGCUGACUAUAGCAGCUAGACUAGAACACAGUGUUUGAGGAUUGCUAACUAUAGCAGCUAGACUAGAACACAGUGUUUGAUACAGCUAUACUAAAAAAAUGAUCAUUAGGCCAAAGCUGUGAAUCUCAAUAUAUUAAAACAACGCUGUCUUACUUGCUA